CUCCUCUCCCCCCUCCCCUCCACUCCCUCCAGUUGGGUUCGGUUUGCGAAGGAGCUUGAGCGCCGCGGAGAGAGGGAGCAAUACACAACAAACAGGCAGGCAGGGAGGGAGGUGCUCGGUUCGGUACUUGCUGAGUUCCUAGUCUUCCAUCAUGAACCCUGUUUACAGCCCCGUUCAACCUGGGACUCCUUAUGGAAAUCCUAAGAACAUGGCUUACACAGGUUAUCCUGCAGGUUACCCGACAACUGCUCCUGCCUAUACUGCUAACAUGUAUGCUAGUGGCAGUCCUGGAUACCCUCCAGCUUUAUUCAUGAUGAGGCAGAGCUGGCCACAGACAUCAACUUCUGGUGCCUCCGAGGGUACUUAUGAUCUCCCAGUCGAUGCUGGCACUGAGAGCAGAACUUUCCAAGCUUCUUCUGCAUCAUUCAGGUACACUGGAGGAACCCCUUACAAGGUAGCACCCACUCAGAGUAAUGGUGCACCUCCCCCAUAUUCUCCAUCUCCAAACCCUUACCAGACUGCCAUGUAUCCCAUUAGAAGUGCCUAUCCACAGCAGAAUCUGUAUGCCCAGCAGGGGGCCUAUUAUACACAGCCUGUGUAUGCAGCACAGCCUCAUGUAAUCCACCAUACCACAGUGGUGCAACCCAAUAGCAUUCAACCUGCUAUUUACCCAACUUCUGUCCCUGCUCCACGGACCAAUGGUAUGGCUAUGGGAAUGGUUGCUGGGACUACCAUGGCGAUGACAGCAGGGACUCUGCUGACCACGCCACAACACACCCAACUAGGACCACAUCCUGUUUCUGUGCCAACAUACAGGACCCAAGGAACACCUGCGUAUAGCUAUGUACCUCCACAUUGGUAAAUUCACAAACCAAUUCAUAUCUGGAGUCAGACAUUGUAUGCAACUACUCAAGUCUUACGUUGGUGCUUGUGCAUUGAAGCCACAUGGCACCGAAUCUGUUUGCAAGAACAAAGUGCAAAGGUCACUUUAUGCAUCAUUUAGUGUUUUUUUUGUAAAAGCUGCUUUUCUCCAAACUUCUGCCUCAUUUAAGUUCUUUUCCAUCAUAGCUACUCAAAAUUAUUACAGACCAAUGUUUGUUAUCACUAGCGAGGCUUUGGCCAAAGAGGCCUAUUCAAUGGUGAGAAUACAUGUCAUUCUUUUAAAAAUUGGGUGUUUCACCAUUUCUAUUACUGAGAUCCUAUAAGGAUGCUUAAUUAUACUGAGAUUUAAAUAAAUGAGCCCAACCGGAAUAUGAUGCAUCAUCUCUAAGAAAGGCAAAUACGUUCUUUCAGUUUAAAGAGAACAAUGGCUGUGUCUCUUUAAUCUGAUCAGUUGGUGUUCUUGAUCUCUCACAUUCUGAUCUUACAUAUUAACAACCAUAAAAUCUUAGACGUCCAGUUUGGACAUUAGCCUUUCUAGUUACAUUUAAAUUAUCAAAAUUAGCACUCACCACUGAAACGGCCUUUAAUCUUUUUUUUGUUUUUGACAGUAGAAUUCAGGAAAGCUUUGAGGGUUUAAAGGGAUAUAGAAUUAAUGGAGCACUCCAUUCAUUGCUACAGCGCAGUGAAUUCUUAGGAUGACUUAAGUAAUUCAGCAUUAUUUGUUUGAGUUCGUUGGCCGGAUUCUUCGUUCAAGAUAACGUGAUUGGUUGAGCACCAUUUCUCCCCGCCCACCAAUCCAUUACAGCUAUUAAAUCAGCAUUGUGUUCUUUAAGUCCUAAAUACAGGUUUCACUAUCAGAAAUUUCAAUGGCAUUGGCUUUCUUUAGCUAUUUGUCAGAAAUGUCUCAAAAUCUGGAAUCACUGUACAAGCCAAGUACAUUUCUUGAACCUGUAAAGUCCUACGCAUUGUGAUACAAUUGAGCUCCUUGUAAUUUUAUUUGGAUUUUAUUAUGCAGUAUCCCUCACCAAAUUAAUCUGGUUGUCAGUUUGUUAAAGUCAUCAGCUGACGUUGGAAUUUUUUGAAAGGAGGUGAAAGUACAUUUAAAUAUUGUAUAACUUUAAGUGAAGUGAUAAAAUUUCAAAAGUUCAUGCAGAGGUUUAUUAUCCUUGUCUUAAAGAAUGGACCUGGGUAGAAGAAUGCUGCAGCUUAAAACUCUUGAAGGUCUUAGUUGACAGGAAUUUGUGGGACAAUACCAUCCAAUAGAAUGGGAGCAGUGUGUUCAAAUUCAUGAAAGUGGGGUGAAUAUUCAUGUCUAGCAAGUGAGUUCUUUCUGCCCUGUAUGGUAAAUUUUUUGGAAAUGAAUGUAUAUGACUGGAAAGCACUGACAAGGGUAUGAGGUAAAGCAAAUUGAGAUUUAGGGAGCGUAUAUUUUCCUUCAACUUAGAACUGGCCACAUAUCAGAAUUCUGUCAAAAUACAGAAGCUAGGUUAUGUUGCACAAUACAUAUAUAAAAAUAAUCUAUGCUACUAAACAGGUACAAGACUUUAUACAUGAGUAUAUAUAUAUAUAAAUAUAUGUAACACACCCAUACUGUGUUUGUGGUUAGCUUAAUAGACUGAUUCCUGAGAAAAACUGUAUGAGACCUAGAUUUUAAAUAGAAAAGUAAUCAAAUAUAUUAAACUCAAACAAUCUGCUGUUGCAGAAAUUUUUACAUUCAGAUCACAUAAUUGAAAGAGGGACUUAAGUGGUUAAUUUCCAAAAAUACUUGUGGGUGCAUUAUAUGCAACCCUGCAAUCUCAGCCUAACAAAUCUUAGUUGCAUGGAGCAGCAUUUUGCUAAAUGUAACCUUGUUUAGUAAAAGUGGGAAAGAGGGUAUGUUCUGCAAUAUCAAAUGCCUUUCUAAUGCUUAAGUUUUAAGAUGGUCACAUGCAGAUAUAAUUGUUCAGAUUUGUGGGCAGUCAAGAAUAUCUGUUGCAUUCUGCAAAAUGAGACAUGCCUCUUCAAGAUUGCUGCAGAAGAUGUGAUUUUAAAAUCUUGUUGCUUCUAUUUAGCAGUUUUAAAACUAAGUUAAGGUGUGCACUUGCAUCAAAUCCAUUUACUUUAUAUCUAAUUGUGACAUUUUUGAACAACAUUCCAUUUGAAAACUUGAGCUCACUAAUCAUUUUUUUAAAAACUAUGCUGGAUUUUUAUCCAGGUUAUUUGCCAGAACAAAUAUUAGUCCACUAUUUAAACUUGUUCCAUCGCCUGAAUUUUAGGAAUGGAUCUGUUAAAGUUAUUAUACCAUAGAUUUAGUCAAAUAACUAAUUUCUCAGUGAAUAGUUGGAUUUUUUUUUUGAUUAAGCUUUACUGAACUGUUCACAUGAGAAAAUGCAGCUUGGGCUGAGUGUUUAGAAUGCAUCGGUUUUCCAUUACAAUAUUGUUAGAAAUUUCACCAUUAUUUAAACGGUGUCCUUCCCUUAUUAAAAGAUUGAAAUACAAAUUGGUAGGGAGCUACUCAUGAGUCCCAGCAAAAUGGGUAGGGGGAAGUUGCAUGAUUCUUAAUUUAAACUCUGUAGAAGUGAUUGUGAAACAGUCUAACUCAAAGAUAGAGAUCACAAACAUCAGGUAUGCAGAAAUUUUACAUUAUUACAGAUUAAUAGGAAAUAGAAAUAUGCCUUAAAUCAUCUUAAAUUGAAACAGGCGAGCUAUAAAAUGGAGAAUUGGCAAGCACAGAUUUCCAAACAUUGCCAUUAUUCAAGCUGGAAACUAGAAGGAAUAUUACUGCAGAAUACCAAUGUUUCAGCGAUUACUAUGGGAGGAAAGUAAUUCUGAACAAAGCCACUAUUGAUGCAAGUGAUUAUCUUAAUUUUUUUCAGUGAAAUUUUAUUUCGUCUCACUGAAAAAUCAUGACCACAUCAUUGCAACCUAAUAAGACUUCGAUAAAACUGCACUUAUAAGCAGAUCAGCUUUUUUGCAGAGCAUAAGUAAUAGCGGAAAAACUUCAGCAUCAGAUUUGGUACAAAGUACAGUGUGCAAAGAGGUAGUGGUAUUGUAGUAAUUGUCUUCAGGUUGAAUCUCCCACUUAGUUUUGUAUGAAUUGAACUGGCAAAUGGGAACUAUUUAGUGUGACAUUAGCUGGUUUAAGUCCUUUUGACUUAACUGGUUUUAAGGGUCUGUGAAGUUGUAGGUCUUCAAAGAAGUUCUGUUUGUGUCUAGAAUCACGAAGUAAAAUCUCCCAGCCGAUUGCAGUGGUCUGAGUUCUGACUGCCCUUUAUGUUGCUGAUGUCUUUGUAAAUGAAGUUACUUUAAUUAAACUGAUCCAUUAAUUGGGGACAAAUAUUUCAGCCACAUUUGAUGAAGUCAGGUUCAGAUUUAGCACAAAUUUACUACACUAAAAAUGUAAAGAAAAUGAAUACACAAGGGAACACUUGCAAAACAUUGUUACAAUUUGAUUUGUACCUGAUGGAAAUUUAUCCUGCAGACUUUUACUUAAUAUGUUUGUUAGAUAGUCUAGUUGACUUUUGCCCUUGAGUAUGUAUGCAUCACUGGAUAUUCAACAUGCACCAUUUUCUCCUGUUUGUAAAUCUCCUCUUGUUUGAUUUCUUCAUGUGUGAAGAGAGAGGUACAAUUUUCUCUUGCACCAGAGUGCUUGUGUCGCUGAGUUAACAUAAGGUGUGCUAAUACUGGGGAAAAUAAGGUUAAAAUUUUGGAAUAAAAUCAGUACAAAACUGUCUUAACUUUGGCACUAAUUUGUACUGAAUUAACGAUUUAUCUCUGGCCAAAAUAGCUGUUAUGUUAGUAGGGAGUGCUGCUCUAAAUUUAGGACAAAGUUGAAUGCUUUACUCUCCAUCAAAACCAUUUUUUUACCUGACCUAGUAAUGCGUAAUUCAUUGACUAGAUAUUAGAAUUGAAGUGUUGUCUAUUUCCCCAGCACUAUUGACCUUGACGGACAGAAAAAUUCACAUUUCUUAUUUUAAAAAAUUGACUACUGGUGAUAUGUUUUAUAUGGGCAAUUUUGAAAUUGAUUAAAUACCAGCCAUUAACACUUGCUAUACAUAAAUAUAGCUGGUUGAUUUUAGACAAAAUUAUUGCUGAUCACCAGAAUAGUUCACUCAAAGGUUUGCCAUUUGUCAGAUCAGUAUUUUAUCAGCAGCUGUCAAGGAUAUCUUGACAUCACUCAUUUGAGCUGAUCAUCUCACCACAAACCACAAAGACUUGGAUUCCUAUUUUGAUUUAAAAAAAUCUGCACACAUAUUGCUAUUUCCCCCUAACUUAAAUCAAGCAAAUAUAAUUUUAUUAAAUAUAAAAAGCUUAAUUAGCUGUCACUAACAUUUGUAAGGUAGCCACUAUGGCCAUAAAACUUUAUAUUGAUAUGUGCCGAGAAAUAUUGCAAACAUUAUGUUUGGCCUGUCAGUGAAACACAAUAACAGAUAACUAAUUAUUUUCAAACUGUUAUAGGUAGUAGCAAUGAUCUGUCUUUAUAACAGUUUUAUCGCAUCCUCAUGAUUUAUAUUCUUUAAAAGUUUGGAUUCCCUUUGAUUUUGCAAAACCAGUAAAAUAUCCUGUUUGUCUGUUAAGUGGCAGAAACACAAAAAUGUAUUGGAAGUGUUCCCAACAGCUCUCCUGAUAAUCUGUUCUUAGUACAGGCUUGCUAUACAAAUACUUGAUGUGCUGCAUAGUACAUUGACAGUAACUGAACCUGCACCAAUGUUGCCAUUCAUGUAUAUUUGCCUUUUUUGUUCUGCUUACUAGCUUAUGAGCUAAAUCAGAUUUCUAAUUUUAACUUCUUGCUACAUUUUUGAAAAGAAAAAUCGUUGCCCAAAUUUCAAUAUGUUUGCAUUUUAAUUGGACUGAGACUUUUCUUAAUCAAGCAAAUUUUUAAAAUUCACAUGAUAUUUCAAGAUUUUGCAGAAUUAACAUUGGAAAUUUAAUUUCAAAUUGAACUGUGGAAUUUAUAAAUUGUUCUUUUAAUGUUGAAUGGCUGAUUGGAUACUGCCAGAUGACUAAUAUAGUUAUGAUAAACUAUAUUAUUCUUGACUGUUUAGCUCAUAACCAGUGUGUAACUGUAUGCAACAAGAGAAAGCAUACCAAGUAAAACAGGGCGCUCGUUCAACAUAACCAGGUUUACCAGUUCAGUUGUGAUUAUAUAGACCUUUUAACAGAUUUUUUGUACAUCUUUGCUAAAUUAAAAAGUACUGUAAUGCAAGACUUGAA